UCCGCGCCGCGGGCCUUGUAGCCAUUUUAGGAGGAAACCCGGGUCGCCGGCUCGGGGCGCGGCUUCAAUUUCAACAACUUUAUUGGUCUCUCUGUACGCCGAACAGCCGGCGUGCGUGUGGCCCCGGGAUCCCGGAGCGCAUCGCCAGAGGUUGCCCCCGACUCGAGCCGCAGCCAUGGGAAACACCACCAGCGAGCGGGUGUCCGGGGAGCGCCACGGUGCCAAAGCUGCGCGAGCCGAGGGCGGCGGCCAUGGCCCGGGCAAGGAGCACAAGAUCAUGGUGGGGAGCACCGACGACCCCAGCGUCUUCAGCCUGCCCGACUCCAAGCUCCCUGGGGACAAAGAGUUUGUACCCUGGCAGCAGGACUUGGAUGAUUCUGUGAAGCCCACCCAGCAGGCCCGGCCCACUGUUAUCCGCUGGUCUGAAGGAGGCAAGGAGGUCUUCAUCUCUGGGUCUUUCAACAACUGGAGCACUAAGAUUCCACUGAUUAAGAGUCAUAAUGACUUUGUUGCCAUCCUGGAUCUUCCAGAGGGAGAACACCAGUACAAAUUCUUUGUGGAUGGACAGUGGGUUCAUGAUCCAUCAGAGCCCGUGGUUACCAGUCAGCUUGGCACAAUUAAUAAUUUGAUCCAUGUCAAGAAAUCUGAUUUUGAAGUAUUCGAUGCUUUAAAGUUAGACUCCAUGGAGAGCUCUGAGACAUCAUGCCGAGACCUGUCCAGUUCACCCCCAGGGCCUUAUGGUCAAGAAAUGUAUGUGUUCCGAUCUGAGGAGAGAUUCAAAUCCCCACCCAUCCUGCCCCCUCACCUACUCCAAGUUAUUCUUAACAAGGACACUAAUAUUUCAUGUGACCCGGCCUUACUUCCUGAGCCCAACCAUGUUAUGCUAAACCAUCUCUAUGCGCUGUCCAUUAAGGACAGCGUGAUGGUUCUUAGUGCAACCCAUCGCUACAAGAAGAAGUAUGUCACCACCUUGCUGUAUAAGCCCAUUUGAAGAGGACAUCUCUCCUUGCCUCCAAGGAUUCUGGAGCAACAUCUCCCUUGCCUUUGAACUGACCCGGUCUCCUCUGAGGCUGGAAGGCUGAUUUGUGUUGAGGCUGAUACGUGUGUUUCAGAGCCUCUAAGUAGAGGGCUCUGCUUUUGCAUUUGAUUGCAGAUGAGAGCUUUAUGAGUUCAUGGAGUUUAUUUUAAGAAAAACAAAACCACAUAUAUGCAUAUGAGAAGAAGGUUACUGGGAGCCUCCUAGCCCAGCUGUUUAGGUUCUCUCUGCCUGUGGGUAGUUGCCAGGGCCUGAGUGGGAAGCUGUGGCCACAGGAAUGAGUGUACCAGAAGCUUCUUUUCCUAAAGUGAAAGAAUAGCAAACUCUUAGGAUCCUUGUCAGGCAGAGGUUCUGCCGCUGUACCCUGGUGUCAAAGGGUCAGCUGUGUGCCAGGCUGCAGCCCUCCUUACAGCUGCCUCAUUGCAGGUGGCUUUCCUUGCAUGGAUUGAUUCUGUAUUCCCACAGUAUGUGACGCAAUCUACUGUGUUUUUAUAUGACACUAGAUGCCCCACAAGAACGCUCCUCAUUUUAUGUACUCUGUGUAGUAGUUUCCCUCAGAUCUCAUACACGACCCUUUGGAAAGUUGUAUGGGAUUAGACUCACCUCAGAGACUGGAGGUGCCAAGGCCUCCUUUUUAGCCCAGCAUGGGCCCAACCCAGUUUCUUAGAGCUUACUUUAACGUCUAAAGAAAAGCCGUGGUUCAGAAUCAAGACAGAUGCAGAUCUUCAGUGUGGUCCUAUGUAUUGGGUGCAUGGCACGUGCUCACAGGGCUUCUCCCGGGCCUGGCCCUGUUUCCAGCUGCUCUUUAUCACAGCAGAUGGUUUGUAAUAUAGAAUUGGGGAGCCUUCCGUAUCUUUUAUCCCUGAAAGAGUUUUAUGUGCCUACGUUUUUCUUUAAUAAUAUAAAGAAGCAUAUCCAUCAGUGUUAAUGUCUAUUAAAGAAGCUCAGGCUUUUGACAAAUGGUUCUUAAGAUUUUCUUCUCCAGUCUAGGGAAUUCUACAGUCCUGGGUCACUAUGACCAGACAUGUGUACCUCAUUACCCAAGCACUACUUUCGACCUGAGUUCGUUCCUGCAGGCUCAUCAGACGCACAUACUAGAUGUCCCUACCUUUAAAGCUGUGUAAAGUGAGGAACUACCCCUGGUAUUCAUAACCAUGCACAAUGUUGUUCUUUGCACCAAGUUUUAACGAUAUUUUUUCUUUUGCCUCUUUCAAAUGUGUUUGACAAUGGAGUGGGUCAUCGUUUAUCAUGGACUGAAAAGUACUCAACCCACUCAGGUUUCAAAGAAAAUAUUUUCUUCCAGUAUCUUGACACUUCCGUUUUGCAGAUAAAUGCAAGUCAAGCAUUAAACGUUGUUUAUGGUUGAGAGACUUGAUGUUUGCUGAGAUGAGCCAGCCGCACUGAGGGACCUGCAGGUCAGUUUAGCUACCUCCUGACUUUCCUACCCAUUGGCACAGAUGUCCUCUUUGGAUUCUGAGACCUCCUUGAUCACAAGUGUGAAGCUGGAAAUGGGAUGUUUCACAGGGGGAAUACAGAUUGCUAAAUGCCUUGGUAGGUAAUUGGUGGGGGUGAGUACAGCUUCCUCCACCCUGAGCCACUUCCCCCUCCUCUCUUGUGGAGAACAUGUACUAUCCAGCCAACUUUCUGGAUAGUGUGCCCUUUUGGAAACUAAGGUCUAAUCCUAUCGUAAUCAGCUCGGAGGCUCUUCUGUUCCACUGGAAAGCUUUUUGUUUUGUUUCCCAGUGCCCAUCUAGAACUGGGCCAUGGAAGAGGAUUCGAUCUCAGUUGUUACACAGUGGCUUCUCUUGUAUCUAUCCUUGUUAACAUACGAGCUGGGGUCCUCUAUGUGUUCGUGGGUUAGAUUUUACUCCACACGGGUGUAGCAGUGGAAGGGUUGGGAAGCUGUCUCCAGUCGCAGGCUGAGACUGUCUUAUCAGGUGUGGCUGUGGUGACAGGGUUUUGGUGCUGGUGACCUUCACGUCCUUCUGCUUCUCAUCUGGAAACUAUAGCCCCUGCUUCUCAAGUCUGCUGGUCCCCUUCCUGGGGAGCUCUGUCAUUGUCACCAGGGCACAGUUGUAAAGGGGACAGAGGAGGUCAUUGCUUUUCUAUUAGUUACCUUAAGGGACAGUUUUCUACAGUCAAAAGGUUAGUAGAAUUUGGAAAUAAGGCAAAAACAUUUUAGUCUUCUUAAAUUUCCUUUUUCUCUUCACCUAUGGGAACUUUGCAGUCAGGGUUGGUAGAGUAAAGCAGCCCCGAAGAAGGGCCGCCUACCUCUUAGCCAGCCGUGAUGUCGGAUGAGAGUUAUGAGGAAAUGAAGUAGUGAACGAGCUGAGGAGUGGUGCCAGGAAGCUCAAGGGCCAGGUAACUUGGAACUGAAAAUAUCCUCUUUAAAGGGGAAAAAAUUAAAGCUGGGCAUAGCCUGGAUCCUUGGAUUUCAUUGUACGGAAACCUUAGCAGCCUGUAAAAGUCUUCUCUCAGCCUCGUGCUGCGUCUUUCCUCUGCAUUCUAUUUGAUGUCGUUGGUCAGUAAGACAAGUUCACCAGGGUCUCAAGUCAAAUGCUACCUAAAACACAAGUUGUGGCUUUGCCUGAGUGAAGAACUUUCAUACAAUAGCUGUUAAUCCGCUUCCUGUCAACCUAGACUUGAGUGGGGUUUAUCCACUGUAGGCAACACUCCCGCAGGGCACAUCCGGCUUCGAGAGCACUGCCUCUCAAGUGUGAAGUACAAAGGAGAAGCCAGGUCCCUGAGAGGAACCUCACCCACUCCUAUUGGCUUUGGUUUCUUGUCAAUCUAAUGGAUCUUCCAUAAAUCUUCUGAAAGGUGUCAGUAUUCCGUGCAUGCUGCUGAAGGGAAGAGAAGGGAAAAUGGGGGAAUAGGGCUUUAAAUGUUUGACCUCUAAACAAUAUGCAACAUGUCCCUAUGCGUGUGAGUGAGUGUGUGAUAGCCAUUCUUCUAGAGAUACUUUUGUCCUCACGUUCUUGUGAUUUGGGGCUUAAGAAAGCAGAUAAGUAUUUUGUUCCUGUAUUACGACUCAUGCUCAAAGCUGAGUUCUCGCCAUCUUCUGUCGGACUGCAGACUCCAGUUACUCUGAAGAGGAGACUUGGCGGGAGUGAGGAUCUCCAGAACUCUCUGGUCUAGGCAUUUGUCUAUCCUUUAGUGACCGUCACAGCUGGAGACUAAGGACUGAUUUCUGCAGUGAACUUAGGAAGUGUUUGGGAUAAAAAGUCCAAUCUUUUUUUUUCAACUAAAGGGAAGAAGAAAAAGUCUCAAGUCAGCUACUUGUAGGAUGUGCUCCCUCUUGGAGUCUAAGCUGCACUUUGUCUCCGCUUGUGUUUCUCACUAGUGUUUUGAAGUAAGCAAGCUUCAUUGAAAGUAAAACACUGAGUAGUUCCAACAGAAUUGUGUGUGGCACAGUACUUUUUCAUUAAGAUUGGUGUGAAAUACUAAAUAUUAGGUAUUUGUGGGUGUCAGAUUAUACAGUCAGGGGACACCUACAGGAAGAGUUGUAUCAGGUGUUGGUCAUCUUUUGUUCCCCUCGGUAGAGCACCUUCCGCAGCUUAUCAUUCUAGGCCAGCCUGAUAGCAGUGUUAAUUCGUCCUAAGUUCUGUACCGGGUGGCCCGUCUGAGACUGAAUUAGGCAGGUGUUGGUGGUUUCCACUCUAGCACUUUGUUGUGCAGCGGGGGUGAUGAUGCGAAGACGGUUCCAUGCGCAUGGGUCUCUUCACCGGUGCUGUUUGUGGCCUUUAAUGCUGACUGCAAAGCUGCUUCAGUUAGUUCUCAAGUGGACAGUGACCUGCCUGAAAACUGUAUAAUAGGACGUGGAAAUGUGGGUUUGUUUUGUCCAUAAAACUGUCUAAUAAAAGCAUUA